UGCUGGAUGUGUAAUCGGCCUCGGAAAGGCGCUCCGAUCCAGCUCCGCUCCUCUCGCUGCUCCUGCGCUCGCCGCGCAUUCCUGGGAUUCCUCCUUUCUGAAGUCAGGAGGGACGGACCGCACGCCUCCAAUCCUGCGCUCCCCCUCCUCCUCCCUUAACCCAUUUCGCGUCGAAAUAAAGGACAACAUCCAGAAACUCAGGAUCAAGCUGGAUCAAUCGUUUUUUCUUUUUUUUUGCUCCAAACGUCCCAGUUCUUCCCCCCUCCUCCCUAGUUGUGUCUGAUUGUGCGACUCCAACAAUAACUUUCCUCCCUCUACGACACAAAAAAAAGGCUGAAGUGGGCUCCCUGGCUUCCAAGAAAUGUUUCUUCGGGAGCUUUGAACAAAACGGGCCCAUCUUUAAUCUGUUCGGGACUCCCGUCUGCGGUGUGGGACGGCAGCGCUCCGGAAGAGGAUUUAAACGCGUUUCAUAUUAGCGGCCUGAUUCUGCCCGGAGGGAUUCAAACAUGUUGGAUUUCUUAUGCGAAGAUCAGGUUUUGUUCUCCACGUAAAUCUGAACUGGAUUAAGGGACCCUCUGCCAUUCCCUGGGAAUGGGACAGUGGCUUUCUGCUUUCCAGUCCUUCCUCUGGGCACAUGACGGUCUGACACAGACAAGAGCGGCAGCCUAAAUCAGAGUGCAAGAGAGGCUGGGUUGGUGAGCCCCGCCCCUACCUGCCAGCCCCGCCCCUACCUGCCAGCCCCGCCCCCACUCGCCAGCCAUGCCUUUCAGAAUCAGGCUCGGAAGGCACCGUCGCUACGUGCUGAGCAAGAACUGCUUCGUGACGCGGAUCCGUCUCCUGGACAACAACGUCAUCGAGUGCACGCUGUCUGUGGAGAGCACAGGACAGGAGUGUCUGGAGGCUGUGGCCCAAAGACUUGAGCUUCGAGAGACUCACUACUUCGGCCUGUGGUUCCACGGCAAGUCCCAGCUCCAGCGAUGGGUGGAACUGGAGAAGCCCCUGAAGAAGCAGCUGGACAAGUACGGCAACGAGCCGCUGCUCUUCUUCGGCGUGAUGUUCUACGUGCCAAACGUCUCCCGCCUGGAGCAGGAGGUGACAAGGUAUCAGUAUUACCUCCAGGUGAAGAAGGAGGUGCUGGAUGGCCGGCUGCAGUGCACUGUGGAGCAGGGUGUCCGGCUGGCUGGCCUGGCGGUGCAGGCUGACUUCGGAGACUAUACCCAGUUCCAGAGCCAGGACUUCCUCAGGGAAUAUGUGCUGUUCCCAGUGAAUUGGCCUCACGUGGAGGAGGUGCUGGAAGAGUGGACCCAGAAAGUCGCAGAGGAACACAAGAGUCAUUGUCGAAUGCAGCCUGCUGAAGCGGAGCUGCUGUACAUUAAAGAAGUGGAGAAGCUGGAUGGGUUUGGUCAGGAAAGUUUCGCUGCCAAGGACAACUACACCAAUGACAUUUACAUCGGCGUUUCCUUCAUUGGGGUCUUCGUCAAGCACAGGAAUGGAAGAUCGAUUAUGCAGCACAGAUGGAAGGACAUCGGCAACAUUGCGCACAACAAGUCCGCCAUCACCGUGGAGAUAACCAGCAGAGAUGACACCAUCAUGUUCCACACAGAAGACAUGGAAAUGGCCAAGUAUAUUUCAAGGCUCUUCACUGCCAGACAUAAAUUCUACAAGCAGAACAAAAUCUGCACAGAGCCUGCUCGUUCCCCAGUGCCCAUUCGGCGGCGCCCGACAUGGGCCGGCUCCUCUCUGCCAAGACCUCGCUCCUGUAUCCUCCAGACCAUGCAUUCCAAGUAUGGCGAGCCAUUCCAGGACACCCAGAGCUCCCAAGACAGUAUUUUCCACGACGACUUGUAUUACAAGUCAGAGACGAGCCUGGACCGCUGUACGGCUGACUUCUUCCGCAACGGCUCGGUGCCCAACGGCAGCGUGUAUAGCACUUCCAGCAUGAACUCACUGAACCACUCGCAGAACUUCAUCCAGGCCUCCCCCAUGUCCUCCAACCUGAGCAUCCCGGGGAGCGACGUCAUGCGGCCCGACUACAUCCCUAGCCACCGGCACAGCGCCAUCAUCGCCCCCUCCUACCGGCCCACCCCUGAGUACGAGGCCGUCAUGAGGAAGAGACAUAUGGUUCCCCCCGACUGCCACAGCCAAUCCUUGCGCAACCUCAACAUCAGCAACACCUUCGCCUACCGCCAGCCGGAGGCCCUGGUAUACAGCCAACCCGAGAUGAGGGAGCGGGCCCAGUAUCAUGGCCCCUACAACCCCCAUGUGAGCUACAGCCGGCCGACCGCACCCUCUGCCCACAUCAGCCCUGGUUGCGGCCCAGCUACCUGCCAUCCUCCGGGCAGUGCCAUCUCCCACACGGUUAGCACCCCGGAGUUGGCCAACACCAAGCAGCAGGGCACGCAGGGCUACAGCACCACCCACAUGCUGAAGAACCACCUCUCCCGGCCUCCGCCACCCUACCCCAGUUUCCGACCCGCCACCAGCACCCCUGACCUGGCCAGCCAUCGCCACCGGUGCAUGGGGGGCAGCAGUCCAGAGCUGGUCACCCGCAAAGUGCAACUGUCGGUGAAGACGUUCAAGCCGGACAGCUCGGCAGUGGUGCACCAAUCCCUGCAGGAGGUCAGUGAGCCGCUGACAGCCUCCAAGCACCACUCGGCCCUCAGCAAGCGGCCCAGCCUGGAGGUGAUCAGCAGCAUGGUACGCGGUAUGGAAGCCAUGGCCAUGAAGACCCUCAAUGCACCAUUGCCCCGCAGGAACACCUUAAGGGAGCCCCCGGAGAUGCCUGCUCAGAAACCUGCCGAAGCCCCUGCGGCAGCCCCCUACCAGCACAAGAAGACUCUUUCCAAUGCCACAAUGCUGAUCCACAGUAGCGAGAGCGAAGAGGAUGAGGAGGAGGAGGAAGAGGAAGAGUCCCCCGACCUGGAUGUCCAGAUCCCGGCCCUCAACGAAGACAUCAGCGUCCAGCUGCAGGCUGCCCUGGCCAAGAUGCCCAAUAAGCCGCCCCCUGAUUAUCCCGGGCCCCGGAAGAGCGUGAGCAACAGUGUCAUCCGGCCCGAGCGGGGUCACGAAUGUGGACCAGCACCUGAGGAUGAGGAGGAGGACAGCCAGAGUCAGUCAGGCACGCUAACACGCACUGAGCCUGCUGGCCUCAAUGGGUCCGUGCUGGGGCCGUCCAUCUCUGAACCAGACUUGACCAGCGUGAAGGAGCGAGUCAGGAAAGAGCCUGUCAAGGAGAGACCGGUGUCUGAGAUGUUCUCCCUCGAAGAUAGCAUCGUGGAGAGUGAAAUUAGGCUACGGACACUGGAGAAGCAGAAGAUGUCAGCGGACUCCUUGAAGAGGCCUCUCAUGAUGGCAGCUCUAAAUGGGCUUUAUGUGGCCCGAAUGCCAGUUCCAGAGAACCAGCCGGAGGACCUCUCUAAAUCAUCCACAGAUGAGUUGUGUAAGGUCCUGGAACGGAAGGUCCAAGAGGAGCGGGUUUUCACGGAGUAUGAGCAGAUCCCCAAGAAGAAGGCGGAGUGCGCAGUCACCACAGCCACACUGCCAGAGAAUGUGGAGCGUAACCGUUUUCGGGACGUGGUCCCUUACGAGGAGAACCGAUUGGAGCUAGUACCCACCAAAGAGAACAACACAGGCUAUAUCAACGCCUCGCACAUCAAGGUGAUGAUCAGCGGGGAGGAGUGGCACUAUAUCGCCACCCAGGGGCCACUGCCGAACACAUGCCAAGACUUCUGGCAGAUGGUCUGGGAGCAGGGUGUUAAUGUCAUCGCCAUGGUUACAGCUGAGGAGGAGGGGGGUCGCUGUAAGAGCCACCGCUAUUGGCCUAAGCUGGGAUCCAAGCACAACUCGGCCACCCACGGCAAGUUCAAGGUGACGACCAAGUUCCGGACGGACUCGGGCUGCUACGCCACCACGGGCCUCAAGGUCAAGCACCUGCUGUCAGGCCAGGAGAGGACGGUCUGGCACCUGCAGUACACCGACUGGCCGGAGCAGGGCUGCCCUGAAUACGUGCAGGGAUUCCUCUCGUAUCUGGAGGAGAUCCAGUCGGUGCGUCGUCACACCAACAGCAUGCUGGACACGUCGCGGAGCCUGAACCCCCCCAUCGUGGUGCACUGCAGCGCCGGGGUGGGCCGUACCGGCGUGGUCAUCCUCACCGAGCUCAUGAUCAGCUGCGUGGAACAUAACCAGAAGGUGGAUAUCCCAGGGAUGCUGGGCCGGCUCCGGCAGCAGCGUAUGCUCAUGGUCCAGACCAUCUCACAGUAUAAGUUUGUGUAUCAGGUUCUGAUUCAGUUUCUGAAGAACUCCCGACUCAUCUGAGUCAAAGGCAGGAGCGUGUUUCCACAGCUACCUGUGGGUCCGUGAAUCUCCGCAUGAAACAAGCGGGCUGUCACCACAGAAACCUUCAUCACAGAGUUUUUAAAGAAAGUAUUGUGUAUCUCACCUACUUUUAUUGAUUUUUAUUUUAUUUAAUUUUUUUGUUUUCAACAUUAUUCUUUACGCCUGAUGCAGGAUGCUACAAGAUAUUUAAUGUCCGGUGCCUCUUUCAGUAGUUACCUUCUGUCAUAUUCAUCUGGGUACAUGUUUUUUUUUUUUACUUGCGUGUGGACCAGAAAGUUUCUUUUUUGGGGAAAAAAUAAAAUAGUUUAUUCAAUUAAAAAAAAUAGGUAAGAUUUUACGAUGAGUUGAGUAAUGUGUGGAAAAAGGUUAGCAGUAUAUAUUUUAAUAUUAAAAUGUCUGCUUAGAAUUUCACAGAUGUAGGUGCUGCAAAAAUUAACCAUAACACCGUUUAAUACUGUUGAUAUUAAUAGGCUGUUAGUAAAGAAUGACGUGGAAAGACCAUAUAACAAAUAAGGAUCUGUUCUUAUGCAGCUAGGAAUUUGUUGGCAUUGAUUGUUUUUUCUUUGUGUUCAUGUCAUAAAGCAUUUUGGAUGUAAAACCAUUUUAAAAAGCACCAGCGUGGUUCGAUUUGGCCACGAAAAGUGACGAGCAUCCUGAUCCUUUCGGGGAUAUCAGCAGUCAUGCUUUUAAAGUCUGCCGGUGACUUUGCAGUUUUCUAGUGCUGCGCUUUCCUGAAACUGUACUUUGCUAGAUAAUUGUAAAAUACAUUGUCAAGACAUUUCAAUAUUUAAUUUUUUAUAUUCUAUUUUAUUACUUUAAUUUAUUUUUCUUGACAUUAAAUCCUCCUAUUGUUUUGCUUUGUACUGUUUGCCUGUAAAUUGAAUGUUGACAUUUCCAAAAUGAACCAAGAUUUGCUGAGACAUGGCUGGGUAAAUAUACAUUUAAGACUGCGCAGCCUACAUCUGCGCCAAUAACUACGUCAGAUGCAUGUCUGAAAAAUGUGUUCUAGACGUAGUUGCAAAGUAUGUCAUUUACAUUUUUAUCUUCAUUUCAGGUUCAUCUGUGUCUUAUUUUCUCAAGUCUCCUAAGCUAUUUUAAAUUCAUUGUAUAUUAUCUAAAAUUUGUCUUGGAAAUUUAGUCAUCUGAUUUUUUUUUUCUUCCUUAUGCCGUUUCUCUAAAUUAGCAGCAACAAAAAAAUCUUUCGCAUUUGCCAGAAAGCAGACUCUGCCUGUUUUUAUCUUUCUUCUUUAAAUUUCCCCUUUCCAUCCAUAUUAAUUUUCUGUACAGAUACUGGUAAUGCUUUACUUAUAUCCAUUAUUCUUUUUCCCAUGCUGUGUUGGACCUUUAAUCUCUGUUUUUCUGUGCAGUAUUGUUUUUCACGAUUUCCGUGUGGUUCUGUGGGGGAGAAUGGCAAUAAAUAAAGCGUAGGUCACCUACUGAGAAGUACUUUAUGGAUCCACAAGUAAGUGUACUUAACUUUAGGGGUUUGUGAGCAAAUAUCAUCUGAAAGACCCAGUCUUCAAAGGUGGUGUUAAAAAUAGUCACCAUUUUAUUUGUUUUCAUCGUUACCCAUUUUUAUCGAUGCUACAGUAUUCACACUAUACUGUGAAAUUGAUCGAAUGGGCAGUCACUUCACCCUGUAAUCAGUAUUGGCGUCUGCAAGAAAGUUUGAAGCCACAACUUCUACUCAAUGUAAAACAGAACUUUCUCAGGCACAAAUACUGCGCCUAUGUCUGUACCUUAGAACCACACGGCCAGCCAUCUGAUAACUGCAGGGAUCAAGGCUGAUUCCAGAGAAUAUUAAGUGCCUACAGUGUUUAUGGGAUGUAAAAUUCAUGUGUGGUUCAUCUGACUCCCCCUUUUGUAAAGCAUGUGAUAACUAGUCACAAAGAGUCUUGUCCUUGUGCUGUAUUACUUUUUGGAAAUGCAACAAUUUGUAUGUAUGCUUUUGACUUGGUACUUUUUGAUACCAUAAAGAUAACUAUGCAUGCCUUUUAUAUUCUAAAGUGUAUGUGUACUCAGACUGGUGUAGCAGCUUCCGCUUUUUAGAUACGCGUUUGCACUUCCGUCGUGACAGUAUUCUCCACUGCAUUCCACGGUUUUGGUCCUUCCCGCGCCUUUUGUGCCACGGCUACAUCCGAAUCGCUUUCAUUUUGUACAGACAUUUUGUAUAUGCUUCAAGCCUGUCAAAUCUUUUUAAAAUUUGAUGUUGCUUCCAUUCCCACUCAUUAGGCAAUAAAGCAUUAUUUUCUUUA